AUAGCAUCACGUCGUGAAGUUCCCACAGGAACAUGAGGCGAAGACAUCUUGCUGCCGCAAGUACCCUUCAUCUCAAAAUGAAAGAACGGUCCGAACACGUUGUAAGCGGACAGGCUCUCUCAUCAAGAUGCGAAUCUCGCUCGCAUAGUCCCUUCAUCGUGCUAAUCCUGACCAACAUGCUAAGAUCGCAUCAUCGAUGUCUGGUUGACAUAACCUUCGUAGAAGAGCUGUUCGGGGAGCUAUUCAGCAGGCUAUUAGCGAGCACGAGCGAGUUCAAAUCCGAUACUGCCAGCCGUCCGACAUUCUAUAGGAAGGCGAUCGACCUGUCAAGUACAGGUUGACAGUUAUGAUCGAGACCGCUUCUUCCUGACCGUGCUUGAAUUUCGUUCCUCUCUGGAGACUUUCUUUUCUUUUCUUUCCUCUUGAGGUUGCACGUAUGUCUGCGGAUGGUAGGAUGUAUAUCUCCCUUGACGUGCACGACGAGCGCUAGCAAUUCCGAUACGGUGUAACGGCUAACAUUGGCUC